CAGCCAGAAGAGCCAGAAGAUGAGCCGCCUUCUGAAGAGCGGAAUAGGCCGCAGAAGUCGGCGUUGCAAACGUCGUCGAGGACGACGGAUAAGACCAAGCGUAGGAUUAGAAUUGUAGUUAACGAUAAUAGCAGCUUAGCCGGAAGUAGUAUCGCACCUGCACCAUCACACACCACCUAUUCCAAUCACCAGAUCCCCAGAGAAGCGGAGGCCGAGACGAAGCGACUGAACAUCGAUUACGGCGACGAGAGCAUUGCCGACUGGGAGAAGGGCAAGGACGUACUCAUUUUGUCCGGGCGCCGAAACAAAAACGACAAGAACUGGGAGAACUGGGAACGGAUCCGCGAGCAGAAGCUGGAGAAGAUGAAGAACAUCUGCUUCGAGAGCUACCGCCAAUCAAAGCGGGACAAGUUGCAACAGGCAAAGCCGCGACCAAAGCAGCUCGACUCCACCUGGUACACGGACAACAUCUACUCAAAUCGCUCGGACGACAUGGAUGAAAACUAUGUACCGGACUGUAUCAAGUACGGCGUUUACCGCCAACUCCGCGACAUUAACGAGCUCGACGAAAAGUAUCCGGAGGAGGCAGGAGUCAAUCGGGGGCGGCGCGGCGAGGGCGAGGGCUCCACGGGAUACGGCCUGCAUCGCUCGAAGAGCUGCAAGGAGUUCCAGUACCCCAAGUCGCAGAGCUGGUGCUUCCAGGGCAACGUUUUUGAGGGCGGCGGCGGCGUGGCCAGUGGCAGUGGGAGUGGCCCAGCUGCUCCGGCCACCACCUCCAUACUGAAAAAUCGGUUGGGAGUGCCCAAGUCCUACUCGUUCAGUGCCAGCACCAAGACAAUGCCCUUCGACAUCAUUGACUACGAGCUGCCACCCGCCUCGAACACGCGGCGAGAGAAGCGCGAGGCAUACAGGCGCAACAUGCACAUGCUGUACAGCAACAGCCUGGACGAGCGAACCCUGGCCCACCGGUGUUACGCCCGGGACCAGUGCACCAGCGCCAGGUGCCUUCUGGAUGACAUCUACCCGGGAUCAGGAGCGGCAGCCAGUUCGCGGGGUCGCGCCCCAUCCCAGCAGCUGCUGGCUGGCAGCAGCAGGAAUUUGAAUCUGAACGCAGCGGACUGGCUGUUCGAGGAGCGGGCAGAGGCCGAUCACCGGGCGGGGCGGGCUCCGAGGACGCUGGCCCCCACGGUGAUAUGUUGCUGUGCUGCGGACGAUUGUUGCUGCCACCGACAGCCACAGCCCCAUCUGGUGGUUCGACCGCGGUCCCGUGUACACUGCCCAGGCCACCAUCCAGCGGCAGAGGAAGAGGAGCACAUGCACUGCCGUUACGACACCGAUCUGGAGCACUUCAUACGGGCGGAGUGGGAACGUCUGAUGCUGCAGGACAAGUUCCUGGACGAGGACGAACGCUACUUGGCCGCGGCACCUGCUCCCCGCAGCCCAGCGCGUCGGUUCACCAACUACCAGCGACCCACACGCAGCAAAUCCCCGCUGGAAAUGGAACCAUCAAAUCUGUUCGACGACGACACUUGCUCAGACACAACCGAAAUCGAUCUGGAGGAUUUCAACAUCGAUCUGGAGAAGUACUGGGAGCAGCUGGACAAGCCACCCAGUCCCAUCAACAUGGACAUGCGGCGCAACAUGCAGAGCAGCCUCAAGGUGAAGAACGUUAACGUGAGGUGCUACAACAACGGACAACCCAUCGACCUUCACGACCGGGAACACGAGCGCCUAAUGAUCAAGAAGUCCCUGCUCGAAGGCAUGCCCUCGCCGCCGCAGCUGGACUCCAGUGAGUCCUCCAACAAUGCUGGAUAUCCUUUUUUUGAGAAUGCCGACACCCCCUCCUUCCAUCACCUCUCUGGACCGGGUCGGGAGCCCGCCUAUGUGCCUGUGCCAGGCUACGGGCACAAGAUCUACCCGACCGCGGACGUCCUGCCCUCGUACCAGUACAAUAACUUCUACCCCGAGCACAGUCACCCGACCGUGGGCCACGUGCUCACACAGCAGCCCACAGCCGGCAUCCACCAUGCCUCCGCCGGCGGCCACUCGGCCCUCAGUCUGAUCAACAACAUCUUCUCCAUCUACAAGCCGAACAAGUACUCGCCGGAGAACUGCCAGAUGAACUACGAGAGCAAGCCGGAGCCGUGCAAGAAGAUGAACGUGCCCAGCACCCGGCGACCCCUUGGAGCGGCCGCGCAUCCCCACCCGCAUCCCCACGAGUACAUGCACUCCUCGAUGAAGCGACCCCUGCUGGUGAGUGCCGACCAGCCUCACUUCAAGAUUAUCCCCGAGAAGACUGGCCUCAAGAUAUCCCCUCUGCUCAGCUACGAUGAGUACGGCGGAAGCGGAUGUGGAGGCGGAAGCAUCGAGAAGUCGCAUCAUAGACUGAGCAGCACGGCACGGCCUCUGAUGCUUCCGCACUGAUGGUGCUGGACCUUUCCGUGGUAUGGUAAUGGCAACUAUUGUUAGUUAUGCUCCCAGCGACUGCCUGAACAACUCUCCAGAAAUCCAGAAGACUCGCGAACAGCGGCACGCAACCCAAACGCUCACGUUCCUGAGUCCUGCUCCAACAGCAGCUCCACCGACAUUCCAGCCGGUCGGGAGCUGGGUGUGGGGCUCGGGCUUUGGCACAUCUGUUGUGGCGCUGGCAGCUAUUCGAGUCCUCCUCAACCACCGCUCGUCGUUGUCGUCCUCGUCCUCGUCGCCUUCGUUCAUUCGCACAAUUUGCUUUUGGUUCAGCAAUGGGAGCAGGGACAUUGUUUCAUUGAUUGAUUCAUCGUUGUCGCAGCAACUGACACUCCAG